AGUAUAUAAAGUUGGGAAAUACAUAGACAGAGUAUCUGCGACUGCGUUACUGCUAUUUAGGGUUUUUGAGAUCUCUGCCGCCGAGGAAGAAAUCGAAGACAGCCAUGGGUCACUCCAACGUUUGGAACUCUCACCCAAAGACCUAUGGUCCUGGUUCUCGUACAUGCCGUGUGUGUGGAAACUCUCAUGGAUUGAUCAGGAAGUACGGACUCAUGUGUUGCAGGCAAUGCUUCCACAGCAAUGCCAAGGAAAUUGGUUUCAUUAAGUAUCGCUGAAGAGUUGAGUCUUUUGGAGCUGCAAAACAAUGCCAAGAUGAUUUUUGUUAUUGAAGAACUUGUAAUUUUGUAGCUUUUUUAUUUUAUUCAGUCCGUUAAUCAAACUUGAGCUGUUAGACUAAACAUUUUUACUUCUUAUUUGGUUGUGGAGUUAUUGUUUUCCCUUUAUCAAUCACUGGAAUUAUAAAUUGGACGUCGGCGUCUUUUUGCAUGGUGUAUGAUUUAUGAUGUGAUCGGAAGUAAUUUGCCUUUCA